AUGACCGCAACAGUUGACGAGAAUCUGGACACCGAGUCGUUGACCACUCACGCCAUCGCAUCGUUCGUGAGUCCGGGCGCUCAGCCGUUGCACAGAAACGAAGCGCUGAACUGGAAAUAUAAGGUUAAUCUGAUCGGAGAGAAAGUGGUUAACCCGCGGAUCCAUUGCUGCGACAAAUGUCUGCUUCCGAUUCUGGUCUACGGAAGAAUGAUCCCUUGCAAACAUGUAUUUUGUCUGAAUUGUGCGAAACAACACGAGACUCAGUGCCCCCGAUGUGGCGACAAAGUGGUCAGAGUGGAGAAGUCCGGUUUGGGAACUGUAUUCAUGUGCCAAACGGACUCCUGUAAGCGGACAUACCUCAGCCAACGCGACCUCCAGGCGCACAUCCAGCACAGGCAUAUCCGACGCCCGGCCACUGCGGCCGUCAGUGCUCUGAACGCGUCGAACGUGUCUAAUGUGGUGAUACCCCUCCAGAGCUCUAUACCCGUCAAAGAUAUGACGGCGUCGGCUGCCGGAGCCGUCACCUCCAGCUCGCGGGUCGUGCCCUAUAAUAGCGGCUCAUUUCAGAGCCCAAUACCUGUGGUCUCGUCGCGCAAUAGUAAUCUCAUAACAGUUCCCAUUCAGGACGAGGUGAGCGCCAGUAGUAUGAGUGCACACACACCGCCCUCGUCGCUCCUUAUGUCACCCCAACAGCCCGUCUCGUCGUUCGUCUCCCAACAGUCCCCUUAUGGACACCACAACCUCCAGUGGCCACCCGUUUCCAACGCUACCAACACUUAUAAUACAUACAGACAACCACAGGCGCCCGCGUGGGGGCCGCCCAUCAACCCCUACACCAACCACAACCCUUAUGGUCAGCGUCCCUAUGAAAGUCAUCGAUCACUCGACUUCGGGAAUGAGAAGCGAAUGAAUGGUGAGGACACGGAUGGACCACCGCUUCAGAAGAGGUUUGCCUUUUGCUUGAGUUGUGUUUGCCUCCAAAUCGGCAAAUUAUCGUAA